UUAUUUUGUUUAACCCUCCCGGCUCCUCCCCUUCAGUCUUGCACAGGUGUGCAGGCUCCUCCCCUCCAGUCUUUCACAGUUGUACCGCCUCCUCCCCUUCCAGUCUGGCACAGGUGUACCGGCUCCUCCCCUUCAGUCUUGUACAGGUGUACCGCCUCCUCCCCUUCAAGUCUGGCACAGGUGCGCCGGCUCCUCCCCUCCAGUGCGCCGGCUCCUCCCCUCCAGUCUGGCACAGGUGCGCCGGCUCCUCCCCCUCCAGUCUGGCACAGGUGCGCCGGCUCCUCCCCUCCAGUCUGGCACAGGUGCACCGGCUCCUCCCCUCCAGUCUUGCACAGGUGUCCUGACUCCUCCCCUUCAGUCUUGCAGAGGUGUGCCGGCUCCUCCUCCUGGAAUGAAACGUCUUCCUCUGAUGUCACUGCACACUGGAAGUUUCUCACAAUGUGC